AUGGAAGUUCCCGCGCAAACCAGCGAGGUUGAUGCGUGGGACGAGGUCCUACGCCAAACGAUGUUGGCCCUGGAGGCCAACGCCGAUCCUUACGCUUGGGCCUUCGAUGUCAGUUUGACACUUCGCUCCUCCGCCAUUGCCAUCCCUUCCAUUGAACUCGCUCACCGCUUAGUUUCUCUCUUCUUUUGGGAUAACCACUCGGCCGCCGCAUGGAAGCUUCUACGCACCGCCCUGUCGCUCGACAUGAUCCCUGGCUCCCUCCUCAUCGCACUUCUCUCCGCCAAGGUUGUUCCGAGCAGAAAACUCUACCCUACUGCUUACAGACUUUAUAUGGAACUACUCAAGCAACUUCGCGAUAUGCUUGAACAUGAUGUCAGUUCUCCCAACUAUGAAAAGAAACAUAAAUCUGCUCAAGUAGUUUCUCGAACGUUUUUCUCCUUCUCUUUUUCAGGGUAUGGGAAGGUUCGUUGUUUAUUUCUGAAAACUAAUAAUUACAUUUCAAACCGAUGGUUUUUUAGGAUUAUGAAAUCAAUUGAUGAUGAUCUUCAGCUUUCUCAAGUAUACAGUCAAAAGUUGUGGGAGCCAGGAGUUGUUCUGGUUGAAUUUGUCUUUUCAAUCGUAUGGCAGUUACUUGAAGCAUCAUUAGAUGAUGAAGGGUUACUAGAUCACACUACAGAGAAUAAGCCUAUAUGGUUAUGUAGAUCACAUGAUAUGAAUAUUGAUGAACCUGACAGCUUAGGUGAAGAGGACACUGAGCAAGUGGAGGGGUGUCAGAAGAAAAAUACAGCAAUAGCCAUUGAGAUCAUUCUGCUUGUAUCAAACGCUUCACUUUUUGAGAAUUUGAGAAAUAAUGCUGCAGAGACCCUUUUGAGUUUGACGCAAAAUAUCCAUGAGGUUGUUUCUCAUGAGUUCAAAAGAAAAUCUAAGAUGAGGUCUAAUGAAUUCAUUUCUGCUGGUUCGCUGAUGUCUUUUGCUGGGCAAUCUUAUGGGGAUAGUUGGUCUUCACUCUGGCUUCCUAUUGAUCUUAUCCUGGAAGAUGCUUUGGAUGGAGGGCAAGUAGCAGCAUUUAGUGCUAUUGAAAUUAUUACAGGUGAGAAGGAUUCAAAAGAAAGUCCUAUUUCGCGCCUUGAUACCUGCAUGUGUAUGCUACUUAGCAUUACAACCCUCGUGGUAACUUGUAUUAUUGACGAAGAGGAAGGUCAACUGAUCGAAGAAGCUGAACAUAGCCAUACAACAAACAAAGGGACAGAUAAACAGGCUCUGGGGAAGUGUCGUGGGGAAUUGAUUACCAGUUUACAGCUAUUGGGUGAUUAUGAGUCCUUAUUAACUCCACCUCAACCUGUUCUUGCGGAAGCCAAUGAAGCUGCUGCCAAAGCUAUUUUGUUCUUAUCAGGAAACCCUGUUAGUAGCGGAUACUUGGAAUAUAUGACCACGAAUGGCUUGCAGAUGAAAUCUGGCAACUUACGGCAUCUAAUUGUUGAGGCUUGUAUCGCAAAAAACCUACUUGAUACAUCAGCUUAUCUAUGGCCUGGCUAUGUGAAUGCAUGCAGCAAUCAAAUUCCUUGUAGCAUUUCUAAUCAUGUGUCCGGUUGGUCUUCGUUGAUGGAGGGAUCGCAGCUAACUCCUGCAUUGGUUAAUGUCUUGAUUGCAACUCCAGCUUCCAGUUCCUAUGCCCCUUCAUUUGGUUUUCGGAAAAAUAUGAGGAAGGUGGCAACUGAAUUCAUGGUUUUCGAUGGAAGCUUAGAAGAGCUUGAGAAAAUAUAUGAAAUAGCAAUCAAUGGUUCAGAUGAAGAAAAGAUAUCUGCUGCUACUAUUCUAUGUGGGGCAUCUCUGGUACGUGGGUGGAAUGUACAGGAGCUUACUGUUCUUUUUAUCACAAAAUUGCUUUCGCGUAUAGAUCCUCCUAAUUACUCUGGGGCUGACAGCCAUCUAACCAGUCAAGCUGCAUUUUUAAACGUUCUUCUUAUGGGAAUCUCAUCUGUAGACUGUGUUCAUAUAUUCUCCCUACAUGGUUUGGUUCCAUUGCUUGCCGCAGGUCUAAUGCUAAUAUGUGAGGUUUUUGGAUCACUUGUUCCAGAUGCCAUGGGAACUCUUGCAACCGGAGAAAAUCUCACUCAUUGGGAGGUAUUCUCUAAUGCAUUUACUCUUCUGCUGAGGUUCUGGCGGUUUGAUCAUCUACCUGUUGAGCGAGUGAGGAGCGGUGCAACAACUCCACCAUUUGGAUCACUACUUAGUCCUGAUUGCCUUUUAUUAGUCCGAAACAGUAAAUUGGCAUCGCUUGGAAGAACAGCAGAGGAUCGGCAAAGGCUGAAAAGAUGGUCAAACAUUUUAAGCUUUCCUGUAGAACCUGUAUUUAUGGAUUCCUUCCCAAAAUUAAACUUUUGGUACCGGAAACAUCAAGAAUGCAUUGCUUCUACCCGCUCCGGUCUUGUGCUUGGAAGGCCUGUUCAUCAGAUUGUCGAUGCCCUACUAAGCAUGAUGUUUAGGAAGGUGAGUUAUGGUGCCGAACCUUUGACACCUACGACUUCAGGAAGCAGCAUUUCAUCUGGGCUUGCAAUGGAUGAUGCUUUAAUGAAACUAAAAGUGCCUGCCUGGGAUACCCUCGAAGCUAUUCCCUUUGCGCUGGAUGCUGCUCUGACAUCUUGUGCUUAUGGGAAACUCACUACCCGUGAACUAGCUACAGGCCUGAAAGAUCUAGUGGAUUUUCUUCCGGCUUCUUUGGUUACUAUUGCAAGUUAUUUUUCAGCUGAAGUUACGCGGGGCAUAUGGAAGCCAGCUUUAAUGAAUGAAACUGACUGGCCCAGUCCUGCAGCAAAUUUACCCCUUGUUGAGCAACAGAUAAAAAAAAUCUUAGCAGAUGUCGAUGUCCCAAGCCUUGACAUAGAUGGAAACUCUCCCGCUACACUUCCUUUGCCUUUGGCAGCUUUUGUAACCCUCACGAUAACAGAUAAACUUGACAAUGCCACUGAACGAUUCCUUGCACUGAUUGCCCCUGCUGUGAGUGCCCUUGCUUCUGCUUGCCCCUGGCCCUCCUUGCCAAUUGUGACGUCUUUGUGGAUCCAGAAGGUGAAGCGUUGGAGUAACUACUUUGUGCUCUCUGCUUCCAGCACUGUUUUCCGCCACAACAGGGAUGCUGUAGUUCAACUACUAAAAAGUUGCUUCACAUCCACCCUUGGCCUUGGCUCUGCCUGCAUUUAUAAUAAUGGCGGCAUCAGUGCCCUCCUUGGUCAUGGUUUUGUUUCCCGAAUAUCCGAUGGGAUCUUUCCAGUUGCUCCAGGAAUUCUUUACCUAAGAGUGUAUCGGUCUAUUGGAGAUAUCACGUUAUUGAUUGAAGAAAUUGUGCCUAUUCUAAUGCUUUCGGUUAGAGACAUAGCAAGGAGUGAUUUGGCCAAGGGGGGUAUAAGGAAACCAAAGAAAACCAAGUUUGGGAUAAAACAUGGCCAAGUUUCUCUGGCCAGAUCCAUGGCACGUGUGGAGCAUGCCGCUCUACUCGGGGCUUCAUUGGUUUGGAUAUCAGGUGGAACAAAGUUGGUUCAAUAUUUGAUAAGUGAGACUCUGCCUUCCUGGUUUUUAUCAGCUUCCAUGUUGGAUCAGGGUGGUGGAGAAUCUGGAGUUAUGGUUGCCAAGCUAGAAGGUUAUGCACUGGCCUUUUUUGUUUUUCUUAGUGCAGCAUUUGCCUGGGGUAUUGACAAUUUGCAUCCACCAAAACGACGGGCGAAGGUAAUUGGGUUGCAUUUGAAAUUUCUUGAGACAGCCCUGAAUAGGACUACAUCAAUGCGUUGUUACAGUGCUACUAGUGAAGCCUAUGUCUCAGGGUUAGUCAGCUUGAUGGUGGGUCGAGCUCCAUCGUGGGUCCAGGAAGCUGAUGUGGAUUUGCUCAAGAGACUGAGUAGGCGAUUAAGACGUAUGGACGAACACGAGUUGGCUAUUCGCCUUUUAGAAAUCGGAGGGAUUCGUAUGAUGGGUGCAUUAGCUGAAAUGAUAAUUGAAUUUAACCGUAUCUGA